CAUCAUAAAAGUGGAGAGUCACAAUGAGAUUUAGUGGAAUGGAUAUGAAGGGUAUAAAUAUGCUAUUUGCUGCUAUUCCAUCUAUUUGUGCAUCAAGUCCGAAGAAGAUCUCAAUCUAUAAUGAAGAAAUGAUAGUAGCUCGUUGUUUUAUAGGCUUUCUCAUAUUAAGUCGGAAGAGUUUAGGUAAGACUUUCAAAGAAACUCUCGACGGGAGAAUCGAGUCUAUUCAGGAAUCAUUGCAGCAAUUCUUCAAUCCUAACGAAGUCAUUCUGGAGGAAUCCAAUGAACAACAACGAUUACUUAAUCUACGGAUCAGCUUGCGAAUUUGCAGCACCGUAAAAGUAGUAGAAUCAUUACCAGCGGCACGCUGUGCGCCUAAGUGCGAAAAGACAGUGCAAGCUUUGUUAUGCCGAAACCUAAAUGUCAAGUCAGCAACACUUCUAAAUGCCACUUCUUCCCGUCGCAUCCGUCUUCAGGACGAUAUAGUCACAGGUUUUCACUUUUCAGUGAGUGAAAGAUUAGUAUCCGGGUCUACAACUUUGGUAGAAGCUUCUACCGUAGAACAAAUUCGAGAGGCCUUCUUAUUAGAACCCAGAGACCUAAUUCGAGAAGGCUUUAUAGUCCUCAGAAAGGUGAGGGUGGGGGGUAUCCCCGGGACCUGUGGAGACGGGGUGGGCCUGUAGCUCUGAGGAUUAGAGCACGUGGCUACGAACCA